AGGGGGACCAGCAUCACACACAGGGCAGAAGAAUGUUUUGACCACAGAAGCCCCUCAUUGAAACGGUGCUGGCUGCAUUCUCUGAAACCCCUAGACUGCACUUACCCAAGGAAUCAGAGCUCUGUCCGGAAAGCAACCGUCUGGCAACCUGAGCAGGAGGCUGCUGGCCAUGGGAGCCUCCAGGGUGAAGGUAUGGACCGUGUCGCUCAGCUCUGUGUUCCUGCUGUGUGUUCUGCAAUCUCACGCCCAGCAGGAUUAUUCAGGGUUACUUUCAGGAGAGCGCAUGUAUGAAGGCUCCAUAGCUGAACGAUAUGAUGAACAUUCUGGAUACAAAUACAGAGUUGAUUAUCCUGCAGAGUCCAAACGCGGCAGUGAAGACGAGCUCUCAGCAUCUGGAUUUGACCCAUACGCCCCUGCAGGCACCAUGGUCACCAUGAUCACUGAAGAAACCUACCCAUACUCCACAGGAGAGGAGUCUUUUGAUUACGCCAAAGAGGACAAAACCUUGAUGACACAGGUCCCAUAUGGAGGAGAUGCUGAGUUGGGACAGGAGGGACCUACAGAAUGUGACUGUGAACCAGGAGAGCCUGGAUUUGGAGGCUUUGCGGGACCUAAGGGUUCAAGGGGUCUACAAGGGAAACAGGGCUUCCCUGGAGUUCAAGGAAGGGAGGGUUACAAAGGGACAAAAGGAGUGCGAGGAAGAGGCGGAGACACUGGUCCUGAGGGCGACUCUGGGCUUGAUGGAGAGGAUGGUGCAUCUGGCUUCUUUGGUGCAAUUGGCCUUCCCGGUUUGCCAGGUGACCCAGGUGAAACUGGACAACUUGGAGUGAAGGGUGAUAUCGGAAUAGAAGGUCCUCGUGGAGGAGUCGGUCUCCAUGGAAAGACUGGACCUGUUGGGCCAAAGGGUAAAUCUGGAAAACUAGGAGGGAAAGGUGUUAAGGGUUCUGUCGGCAAAACAGGAAAACAGGGACCUGAGGGACGACAGGGACAGAAGGGACAGACAGGAGCACCUGGAUUCUCAGGAGACCGUGGAGAGCAGGGUUACUUGGGUUAUACGGGAGUUCCAGGAGACCGGGGGCGGACAGGACCAAAGGGAAGUAAAGGUACUGGUGGCUUACCAGGAAGUGACGGAGAGCCAGGAGAGGAUGGCACUGUGGGUGUUCCAGGAGUUGUUGGGGUUCCAGGGGCUUUUGGACCUAAGGGUAUGAAAGGGGAUCGUGGUCUGAGGGGGCGAACUGGACGAGUAGGAUCUGUGGGUCCACAAGGAGACAGUGGAGAUGCAGGGAUUUCAGGGAAACCCGGGCCAAAAGGCUUGCCUGGACCAACAGGUGCCAAAGGGGAAACAGGACCAGAUGGUGAAAAGGGGUCACUGGGACGAAAAGGAGGAAAGGGUGCUAAAGGAGAUAAGGGAGACGCUGGAUCUCGUGGUGACAAAGGGCAGCAUGGAGUGAAGGGCCGACUGGGCCGUGAUGGACUUGCUGGUCCUAUUGGACCUCCUGGUCUGCCUGGUCCCAGAGGAGAUGAAGGCCCUCGAGGAGACCUGGGAGACAAAGGACAGAGCGGCCCAAAAGGAGAGCCAGGUGAAAUUGGUCCGGGACUGACGGAUGAGCAGAUCCUGCAGCUUUGUCAAGGUGUGGUCAUGGCUCAGAUCUCCCAGUAUGCUUCAUCCAUACGUGCCAAAUGCGUUCAGGGCUGUCCCGUCAACAACCGUACCCUCAUCGGACCCCCAGGAGGCACGGGGCCACGUGGAAGUCCAGGCAAAGCUGGUAAAGCAGGAAAGACGGGUGCUAAAGGUGAAAGAGGCCCUCAAGGCAUCAAAGGAGUCGAGGGCCAAAAAGGAGCUCCAGGAGAAGCUGGUGCUAAAGGUCAGAAAGGACAGAGAGGUGAUGCUGGCAAAGGUCUACCAGGACAUGAUGGUCACCAAGGCCUCAGAGGACUACCAGGCCAUCCAGCAGAGCCUAAAGCUGGAAUUGAGGGCCCACGUGGACCCCGAGGGUUUCCAGGACCUGUGGGUCAGACUGGAAUGGCCGGCAGUGCAGGAAUACCAGGAGUGUGUGAGGCACGUGACUGCAGCAUUCAUGCACCUGUAGUGCGCAAGGAGAUGGGACUGGUCAAAGGCCCCGGCAGCCAGGCCUAACAAACACUAACCCGGGAUAAGAAAAUUGCGCUGUCGAUGAAAGAUGUCAGAGAACGACAGACUGGAGAUCAAAGAUACAGAAAUUACCAGCACUUUCAUCGCUUUUCACAAUGUUUUGGUUUCACUACGAAUACAGUACAGACAUGUAAAUAAUUUUGUAAAGCAUCCUAAAUCCACAUCUGCUGUGUCCUGAAAUAGCCUUUGUUUUGUUUUUCUUCACUGAAAAUGAACUAAAUUAUUUAGACAAAGCAGUUUUGUUCAGUAGCUUCAACAUAUUUCUUUUCAUUUUAUCCAUCAAGAGUAAAUAAAGAGAUGUUUUUUGUAAA